GCACCGGGCGCUGCUCCGGUCUAGACGUCAACGUUAUAAACAGAUAAAGUCAGCUCCUGAAUUGGCAUUAAAAUACGUAAAAUAGCAGCUUCAUCGUAUAAAAUGGUCCAUCUGGGUCUAUCUAGAGUGGAUGAUGCGGUGGCAGCAAAACACCCGGGUUUGGAGUGUUAUGCUGCCUGUCAGUCCCGUGCUUUCAUGAAGGGCUCAUGUACCUUUGUACUUGGUGUUGUCACUUUAUUUUCCAUUCAGAAGGCUCUAAAGGAGGCUGCCUUAUGCUCUUCAGUGGAAUCUCUCAUUUCACUUGUGGGAUCAUCAGUGGGCAGUUACACUGUGACACGGUUGGAAUCACGGAGUGCUCAGACUUGGUUGCUACUAGAAACCGGGAAAGUCCCAGACAGAUCCCCUCCUCAGGUAUCUAAACCAGAGGAAUCAACACAACACGGGAAGACAAAAUAUGGAGAUGAGAUAGAAUGAGAUUCACAGUUUUCUCGUAGGACUGAAAGAUGUUUAUUUUCUUGUAAUAUCAUGAUCUGUUCUUAUGUAUGAAUACAUAUUGGAGCUGCUAAUAUGGAAAAGUCACUCCAUAUUUUACUGCAAUUCCAACAUAAAAGAUGCACUUGCUUCCAAAACAGAAGCUUCCCCAAUCAAGACACCCCAUGGUUCAUUCUCUAUGUACAGGUCUUUCUGCUCUUGGUUUUGUCUCCAUU